AUGGAGUUGAGCCCUACGAUUCGCCUUGCGAGUUCUCCUUUGAUCGACGAAUGGGACUUCGUGCUUAGGAGGCGACAGCUCUUUCCGGGAGCUACACAACGCCUCGAACUUGGCAUGAGUGUCAUCUCGGAACAUCCCAGAUAUCGUGGCUUGGACGAAUUCUUCACCAAAAAUACCCCGGAUGCUCGCGAUAAUGCCAUGAUCAAAUGGUCUACACUCGCCAUACUCGAGAAGUUCGACAAGGAGACGCUCCCAUACGACGACGUUUUGAGUAUACUAUUGGAACCAACUUCGGACUUUGGAUUUACCUCGAAUCCAUGUACGAGGGCACGAUGGCGGAUGCAACGCUACACACACAUUAUGCAUACACUGGCUCGGCAACUGGCAUCGAUGGCAAAGGCAAGACAGGACUGGAUGGUGGCCAGUACACUCACAAUCAUCCAGACAAGAAAACCGUUGAAACAUCUUCCAACGCCCAAUUAG